CUGUAUAGUAUAACUAUGCGUUGUUGCUGAAAUUGACUGUACCAGACAUUGCACUGGCUUUUCUCCUUCUACUGCUAAUGUUCUUCCAGAAUGCAUUUCUAGCUGAAAUCCGCUCUGAUCUGAAUUAUACAAAUUUUCAAGUCCAAUUCUUGGUAUACACGAUUUAACGUCAUCGAUAAAUGCUUCAGCUUUAGCCAAUUAUAGCUAGUAUUUGAAAAUGGAAAUUGAAUACAUGCACAGAAAAUUGAGUUAUUUAAGAAAAAUACUGGAACGAUCAGGACCAUUCUGUCACCAAGACUUUGAACCUUCAUCCGAAUGUUUGCAAUUUGUAAUACAACACUGUAAAGUACUUAUAGUUGGUGCCGGUGGAUUAGGUUGUGAAUGCUUAAAAAAUUUAGCAUAUAUGGGUUUUCGACAAAUGCAUGUUAUUGAUAUGGAUCAAAUUGAUUUAUCAAAUUUAAAUAGGCAAUUCUUGUUUCGACAUAAAGACAUUGGAAGUUCAAAAGCAGAAACAGCUUCAAUAUUUAUUAACAAUCAAAUGCCUGGAUGUAAUGUUGUUCCUCAUUACUGCAAAAUUCAAGAUAAGGAUGAAGACUUUUACCGUCAGUUUCAUAUUGUUGUUUGUGGUUUAGAUUCGGUUAUAGCAAGAAGAUGGAUCAAUGGCAUGUUGAUUUCGCUUCUUGUUUAUAACGAUGGUGUUCUUGAUCAUAGCAGUAUAAUUCCAUUUGUCGAUGGUGGAACUGAAGGUUUCAAAGGAAAUGUAAGAGUAAUCUUACCUGGACUCACGGCGUGUGUAGAGUGUACUCUGGACUUAUACCCUCCACAGGCGACAUAUCCUCUUUGUACUAUAGCCAAUACUCCACGAUUGCCAGAACACUGUAUAGAAUAUGUAAAAGUUAUUCAAUGGCCUAAGGAAAAUCCAUUUGAUUGUUCUAUAGAUGGUGAUGAUCCUCAGCACAUUAAUUGGAUUUAUGAAAAGUCAAAUGAUCGAGCUAUACAUUUCGGAAUUCAAGGAUUAACGUAUAGAUUGGUACAAGGUGUUGUAAAAAAUAUUAUACCCGCUGUUGCAUCAACUAAUGCAGUCAUUGCAGCGAUAUGUUGUACAGAAGUUUUCAAAUUAGCUACUAGCUGUACAGUAUCGUUAAACAAUUAUAUGGUAUUUACAGAUACGGAUGGAAUUUAUUCCUAUACUUAUGAAGCAGAAAAAAAUGAUCAUUGUAUUUCCUGCAGUCAAAUAAUACGGCAGAUCAAAAUUAAAAAUCUAGAUAUCAAGUUGAAAGAUUUAAUUGAUAUAUUAUGUUCCCAAAAAGAGAUACGAUUAAAAAAUCCAGCCAUUACAACUAUGAUUGCCGGCAAAACAAAAACUUUAUACAUUCCAGGUAUUCCAAGCAUCGAAGAAAAAACUAAAAAGAAUUUAACAAAAACAUUAUCCGAACUUGGUUUAGAAGUAAAUUCAGAAAUAAUUAUAGCAGAUAUAACAACACCUAAUGCGAUCACUUUCCAAAUAAAUGUAUUGGAGCAUUGAAGCCAAUUCUAUUGUUACAAAUAUUUGAAGUAGAGUGAACAAUAAUUAUUAUUUAAAUUGAAACUACAUUCAAAAAUAAAAAUAAUAUAAAUAGUAUAAUCACAUAGUCACUCUAAUAUUCAUAUUUUAUGUACUUUGAAA